AUGAAAGACGGCAUUUAUCCUACAACCACAAUAGAUAUAGACACCGGAAUUCACCAGGUUGAAUGUCGUCUGCCAGGAGGAGAUCACAUUGACACAACCGCAUUUCACCUCUCCUCUUUACCCGCACCACCCGAGCACCUGGUCCAUUUGCUAGCAUACUUAUCCUUCCGACCCCAUCUUUGCGCUUUCAGAAAAAGCCUUGCCAUGAUUUGUUAUCGCGUUUCGGACUCUUGAGGGAUGUCCCAUUUGGAACACACGUGCUU